CGCGACGAAUCGCUGAAUUACAGCUACCUUCCCUCUUAAAGUAAAUUUUUCUUCGCCUUAUUCCCUCUACCCCUCCUUAGGACGUGGUUACGAAUAAAAACUCGACUCAUAUUGCGCGCCUACCAAAAAAAAAAUACAUGGUUGUUUAUUCACGGCAAGAACAAGAAUGUGCUGGACGCCACGGAGACGGACAAACUCUACCUACUCUGGGGUCUCUAUCAACAGCGUCUUUUGGGAUUCUCCCGUUCAAGCAAUAAGCAAGGAAAAGGGCAGCAUGGCUAACGCUGAUGCACUGAACCCAAAGCGACUAUUAUCUGCCAUGAAACAAGCUCCCAACGCAAAGCCGGGCCACAGAAUGGAUACCAUUUACUUGGCUGGAGACAAGGAGCUCGGCUGCCUGGAGAUCGGUGGGACAAGCGAUAUCUCGAAGGCCAUGAAGGACGGUCAAAUGAAGUUGCCCAUCGUAAUGAAAGACAUGCUUCUCAGGAUUGCCAAAACCACGAACAUCCGCGUCACUGACAUUCGAAUCGUGGGUUACAAAUCAGUGGUCUGGCUUUCUUCAUAAUUCACGAUUUUGUAACUCACACAUUACUUCAUGUAAUAGGCAACCAGAUUACUUUGAUGAUACUCGAUGCUCCCCCUGGCAACGUAGUGCCAUUGCGGCGAAUGAAUGAACUGACGAGUCCAUCCAGCGCGAAUGACUUCGUCCAAUGUAUGAUUCCAUUACUUAAACUCGCCAUGCUGGGAAGAUCCAUUGUGUGAUGUAUGUUUAAUCCCGAUCCCUAUCAUUAUCCUUGGACACAGAUAGUAUAGAGAUCAUCCUUUCGAGAAUAAAUUAAGUCUCACCGUUCUCAGUUUCUACCCACAUAUAAAACACUAAACUGCUGUUGCAAAGCCCGUUAACUCAAUUCGCUUAUGUGGAAACCAGAG